AUGGCAUUCGCGGGACAGAAGGCCGUGAAAGGCCUGGCAGCAGGCAUUGGUCUCAUCUCAGAAUCGAUCUCUGCUCACAAGGCGAAGAAGCAAUCGCCACAAACCAACACAAACGAUAACAACCAGCUAGAAGGAAAUUUGCAUGGGAGUGGUCACCCUCAAAGCAUCAAUAGACAACAAGGCGAGGACCCAGAGAGCACCGCGAAAGACUUCCUGGAAGAACAGUGGGAGCUCGACGAGACCCAAGACGAAUUGAGACAGACAACCGAAGCUCGAACAGAGCUGUCAGAGCACGAGACCGAGCAGGCUCUCGAUGAAGCCGUUCGCCGCUUUGCAUUCGACCAUCCCCCUCCUGAAUAUACACCCAGUAACGACACCCUAAUGCCCCAAUUACCCGCGCCGAUCCUCCUGCCCCAACGCAGACCAAAAAGCCGCAAGCGCGGAUUCAUCCGCGCAUAUGCACCUGAUCUAGCCGCCUUCUCUAUUGACCAGCCCAUGUUCUUUGAGUUCCUCGAUAAUGCCGAGAAGGCAUGUCAAGGAGCAAAGUGGCUGAAUGCCAUCAACCUGGCAUCAAUCGGGACAAUGUUCAUGCCAUUUGCCACGGGAAUUGCAGUAUCAAUUGCCAUACAGAUUGCCACAGAUGUCGCCAUUGCCGUGGAUGGCAUACGGAGAACAAACACAUUCUUCGAUAAAAUGAAUAAAGAGUUCUUCCAGCCGCGUGGUCUUUUCUGUCUAGUCAUGACCUGGAAUCCAGAUUUGCCGGAUGCACCAUCGACAACAGUAGAUUUGAACUCAAUGGUCUUCAAGUCCACCGAGAGAGGAGGCUCAGACAUGCUGGACCGUCUACGACACAAAUUCAAGUCAUCCGACGGGAAGACCUAUGGCAAUAUCUUCCCUGAAGUAGCACCCUUGAUAUUCCCCGGUCUUGACGAGCUUGCCUCCGACCGAGACGCGACGAAGGAGAUCUCAAAGACCAAGAAAAAGAUGGAAUUCGUGAAUGCUUACUGGGACAAGCGGGCCCAGGCUAAAUUUGCAACGAAGAAUCCAGAGAGCCAUUUGGCAAAAGGCCCCAAACCCGCGUUCACCUCGCGCUAUGCUGACCCCAAUCAUCCCGCCAGCAGCGGUGACCUGCUGGCCCUGGUUAGCGGAGGCCAUUUCUCCGCGGACAAGCUGCAGAGCCUCAGAGGUGGUCGGUCCCCUCUUGGACGAACUCGGGGUUCAUAUGCCCCGGACCAAUUUGCCAGCCAAGAAUAUGAUCAGAGGAGGGACUCUAGAUCCAACCCUCCGGCGCCGCAUGCGCCCUAUGGUCGAUCUCUUGAUGUGAGAGGUAUCAUCGGUGGACGCAGAGAUAUGCGAGGAUCCCGCAGCGCGGGACAAGGGGCGUCGUUUGAGUCGUCUGAAUACAACACGGUGCGCGGCGAGAAUGGUCGGAUGUUUGAUCGACGAGCAGAAUGGAACAGAGAAAACAUGGGUCUGAGCAACCCGAUUUCGAAGCUACGUGAGCAGAAAGUGUUGUACCUGGCCAUUGUGAACAUGCCAUCCGAGGCGGAAAUGGCUCAGGCUCGCGAGGUUGUGGGACGGAUGGAUGUCUAG